AUGGAUACUGAAAAUGGAACAUUGGUGACAAAGUUUAUUCUCACAGGAUUCACAUAUCAACUACAGUGGCAAAUCCCCCUGUUCCUGGUGUUCUUGGUGAUAUACCUCAUCACCAUUGUUGGAAACCUUGGACUAACUGCUCUCAUAUGCAAUGACCCUCACCUUCACAUCCCCAUGUACUUACUCCUUGGGAGUUUAGCUUUUGUGGAUGCUUGGAUAUCAUCCACAGUGACCCCAAAGAUGCUGGUCAACUUCCUAGCUAAGAGUAAGAUGAUCUCUCUCUCUGAAUGCAUGAUACAGUUUUUUUCCUUUGCAUUUGGUGGAACAACAGAAUGUUUUCUCUUGGCAACAAUGGCAUAUGAUCGCUAUGUAGCCAUAUGCAAACCGUUACUUUAUCCAGUAAUUAUGACCUAUAGACUUUGCACCUGGCUGUUAGUCUCAUCAUUUUUAGGUGGCUUUGUUCAUUCUGUAAUUCAUAUAGGUUUCUUAUUCAGAUUAACCUUUUGUAAUUCUAACAUAAUAUAUCACUUUUACUGUGACAUCAUGCCAUUGUUUAAGAUUUCCUGUACUAACCCUUCACUUAAUGUUCUGAUGGUUUUUAUUUUCUCUGGGUCAAUACAGGUAUUUACCAUUCUGAUUGUUCUGGUCUCUUAUACACUUAUCUUCUUUACAAUUUUAAGAAAGAAGUCUCUGAAAGGCAUUAAAAAAGCCUUUUCCACCUGUGGAGCUCAUCUUUUAUCUGUGUCUUUAUAUUAUGGACCUCUUCUCUUCAGAUAUGUUUGUCCUGGAUCUGCACAAUCGGAUGAUCAAGAUAUGAUGGACUCUCUAUUUUACACUGUCAUAAUUCCUUUGUUAAAUCCAAUGAUCUAUAGCCUGAGAAAUAAAAAAGUCAUAGAUUCACUGAGAAAAAUGUUAAAGAGAAAUGUUAGAUCUCACACUAUUAUCUGUUCUCUUUUUCAUUUAAAGCAUCACAAAUUAUGCAGAUUAUAUGUGUUCUGUUUGGUAAGAGUGCAAAGACUUUCCAAUUAUAAUUGA